UAUAUCAGUAUGUGUAUUUAGAUGCAUUCAUUUACUUUGAAGAUGCUUGUCAUACUGUCAGCCUGCGUCAUUGUGGUGUGUGUUAACAACGCCGAAAGUGCAGUCAUCAAUUUUGAACGCUUAUGCCAAAGUACUGAAAUUGAUUACGGAUUUCGAAAAGGCAUAUGGCAACAGGAUGCGGUCCACUUCUGUUUUCCAUCCCCAAUAUUGAACAACAAAUGUCAGACAAUCGCGGCAACGCGAGGAAUUAACUGCACGACGGUUGGUGAAAACUACUUUCUACAGGGCGGAAAACCUGGUAGACAGGCAGUGUGCUGUGAAAAAAAAGGUAUGACUUUAACCAACUGCUCUAGAGCAAAGAAGACAUUUUCAUUUACCCAUGGAUUCAAUAUAAUGUAUUUUGAGCGGGUCCUUAGGGCACUCAUCAGCACACCUUCAGCAGGAGAUGUAACCGAGUUUGAAAUCGAGUUGUGUGACCCCGUAACUGAUGCAGCUGGGACAUCAAGUGGUUCACUACCACCACUACCCACUGAUCUGCAUUUGAAUUUAUAACAUGCUCAACUACGAAUGAGAUUUUCUGUAGUUAUAUGCAAAAGCCAUGAAUAAAAU